GCAUGCGUAGUGGGCGGCGGCGGCGGCGGCGACAGCAUGAACCCCCUGACCAAAGUGAAGCUGAUCAACGAGCUGAACGCGCGGGAGGCGGAGCUGGGCGUGCAGGAGGCCGUGUCGUGGCACGCCGAGUACAAGGACAGCGCCUGGAUCUUUGUGGGCGGGCUGCACUACGAGCUGACCGAGGGGGAUGUCAUCUGCGUGUUCUCACAGUAUGGGGAGGUCGUCAACAUCAACCUGGUGCGGGACAAGAAGACCGGAAAGUCCAAAGGCUUUUGCUUUCUGUGCUACGAGGACCAGCGGAGCACCAUCCUCGCGGUUGACAACUUCAAUGGGAUCAAGGUCAAAGGGAGGACGAUUCGUGUGGACCAUGUGGCCAACUACCGGCCCCCCAAAGACUCCGAUGACUUAGAUGAUGUCACAAAAGCCCUCCACGCAAAGGGCUGCGGAGUUAAAACGCCGCCUCAUACGUCGUCCGAUUCCCUGUCCGAGGAUGAUGACGUGCCUGUAAAGAAGCAAAAAGAUAAGGAGAAGUGUAGACAGGAGAGGCAAAAGCAGAGCUCGCAGGCUGUGAAGAGGGCGGUGUCCGCAGAGGAGGCGCACCCCAGGAUCAAGAUUAAGAAGGAGAAGGAGGACCCCGGCUACGAGCGCUACGCCAGCGGGAGCCAGCAGCCUUGGAAGGGCUCGGAGAGGAAACCCGUGAGCAGGACGCAGCGAGAAGAGGAAGAGCGGAGGCACCAGAGGCCUGCGGAGAGGAGCGGGGAAAAGAGCUGCCAGGACCAGAGGGGACAAAGCGGUUUGUGGGAAGAGAGGGAGAAGAGAGAGGAGGCUGGCAGGAAGGGCGACGGGCAUGGCAGCCGGCGGGAAGAGUGUCCUGAGGGCAGGCGGUCCCGGGAGCGCGGCGCCAGGGAGCCCCAUCCCAGGCCCCGGGAGCGGGGCUCUGCCAGAGGCUCCAGCCGCUGCUGAGCCCGGGGGCUGCCCCCAAACCUGCUCAGCACCUCCCGGGGCGGGGGGGGGGCCACCGUGGCUGGACCCUUUGCCCCCUGCAGUUUCUCAUCCCGGCCUCGGCCGGAGAUGGGGUUCGCUGCCUCUGUCAGCCCUUCCCGCGGUGUUGGGGCUUGCAGGCGUGCUGUGCCACACAGGUGGAGCAGGAGGGUGUUCUCCUUCCCCAAACUGCCCAGUUCCCCCAGCCCCGGGGGGCGUCCCCCUGCCUCGCAGAGCUGGGCCAGGUGUGUGGGCGUCUCCUCGGCCUCACACCGGCUUCUGGGAUGGAUCCCCAGAGCUGUGCUGCUGCGGCUGGGCCCUUUACUCCCUCUUGGUUUGUUUUAAAACAAUUUUUAAUAAAAACUACCUGUUCAGCAGG